GGUCCGCAGCUGCGAGAGGCCUCUCCGCUUUUCCCAAGACCCUCCGCUGUUGCCGACCUGCCUGGGGACACCAUGCAACUCUCCUGAGUCCGCUCCCUUGGCAGUGAGCACCCGUGGGAGGCAGGACGAGAGAUAACGUACCGCUUGAAGAUCCCCACAUUACCUCACCAGAUAAGGCAGAGGGAGGGGAUGGAGCCGAGCGGGGUGGACAUUGGGCCUUUGGGUGGAGGAGAGGGCCGAACCCCUUCAAGCAUUUCGAAGGAGACGCUCAAAUGCUGUCAUUUACACACUGGUGUGGUGGUCUCGCCGGUGGUUCUCAUGGCAGAGCGAGCGCUGGAAGAGGAUGUGGCACAGGAGAGGAGGGAGAUGGGAGGAAAGAGUGUGCGGGCACAGAGAUGGACACAACCAUGCAUGAAACAGGCAACACAUCGAGAGCCAAAGAAGUGGGUAAGGUCUGGACCGACAACUCCAUCCAGGCCAUGUAAGACCCAAAACUCUCCUGAGAAUGCAGCGAGAGAGAGGAGUCGUGUUCGGAACCUUAGACAAGCCUUCCACAGCCUGCAGGCUGCUUUACCCUCCGUCCCUCCAGACACAAAACUCUCCAAACUGGACGUCCUGGUCCUGGCCACCAACUAUAUCGCCCACCUGACCGAAACCCUGGACCAGGGUGGGAUUUUGGGGGACCAUACCGUCCUGCAGAGAGCAGAGUACCUGCAUCCUGUGAAGAAAUGGCCCAUGCGUUCUCUUCUGUACUGUGGGAACAUAGGAGAGCGACUGGCAGGAGCACAGAUCAAUCAGGAGGCAUCGUGUCCAGGUGAAAGCAGACUAAAGGACUGAGAAGAUUUUGAGAUACUCACCAUUUGUUAGAAAACACUGAUGCAUCUGAGUACUUUUUUUAAUAAAUAUAAUCAAUUUUUUAGUUGUCUUGACCACACAAAUACUACAUAUUACCACAUAAUUUUCCUUUUAUUUUGAUUAAACACUAGUAUAUAGUUGUGUUUAUAUAUUAUUCCACAUUUAUACUGUAGUUGGUUGUGAGAGAAAUUAUGCCACAUUAUGUCAAUAGAUGUUAACCUGUAUUAUUGAACCACAAAAUACAUAUGUGGGUCAAAAACACAUAACAUCCACUUUGAAUAUAUAUACACACACACACACACACACACACACACACACA